CCAUUACCGAGAAGACAAAAACAAUCCGCAUCCCCCUUGCCGCUGCAAUAUCCAGAAACGGGCAAACUUAAGCCUGACAUCGUCCUUUUUUGAGUUAUUUGGCAAGAUAAGACAAUGGUUUCGCCCGUAACGGUGGUCAAGAGCGAAGGCCCAAAGCUGGUUCCGUUCUUCAAAUCGACUUGUGUCUACUUCGUGCUGUGGCUGCCCACCUCCACCCCCUCCUGGUUUAGCGCGCUGAUCAAAUGCCUGCCCAUCUUCUGUCUGUGGGUGUUCCUGCUGGCACACGGGUUCAGGUUCCUGGGCGAACACGCCAGCGCCCGGAAGAUUCUGGCCGGUCUUAUAUUUUCAGCCCUGGGAGACGCCUUCCUCAUCUGGCAGGAGCAGGGGUACUUUGUUCAUGGUCUUCUAAUGUUCGCCGUCACCCACAUCCUCUACUCCUCGGCCUUUGGGAUGAAGCCGAUAAACGUGCGCGCAGGCCUGGUCAUAUCUCUGGUGUCUGCCCUGUGCUAUAGCCUGCUCUACCCUUACCUCUCCGGGCCCUUCACGUACCUGGUGGCUGUCUACAUCGCCCUCAUUGCGUUCAUGGGGUGGAGGGCGAUAGCGGGCGUUCAACUCGCCAACGACCUCUGGACCUGGACGAAGCUGUCGGCCUGCCUGGGAGCUGUCCUCUUCAUAGUUUCCGACCUCACCAUCGCCGUCAACAAAUUCUGCUUCCCGGUGCCCCAUUCCCGCGCGAUCAUCAUGGCGACCUACUACGCCGCCCAGAUGCUCAUCGCGCUGUCCGCCGUGGAGUGCCAGGACGCGGAGGUGGCGAGGAAGAGGUGGUGAACGGCGCCCUCGCUCGGUGGGGUCGGUGGAGAAACUACAGCGCGCAGUACGGCCCUGAGUUACGAGAAUGGACACAAUUCACUGCCAGAAUCCCACCCCGUAACCUUCGUCUCAGUGUGGUUCUCCCACUCCGGAGUCGUUACCGUGACAACAGCUCCACUCACGCCUUCCCACGGUCUUUAUCCUCCCGCGCCAGUCUUACACUAGGAGGAUACUAUGAGGAAAAGGUAGUAUUCAUCCCUGCUGUCACCUCCAAUCAGAUCUGUAGAAAACCUAGUUAUUAUAGACACUGGUGAAGGGAAAGCAACGGAAAUGUGAAUUGCUGUCUUGUAAUUUCAUUUGAGCACGCCACUGGGGACCGAAACAGUGUGCGUUACUAGCAUUUAACUGUAUUUGAUUUUAACCUUGUAUUUUCUUCAACGCGCGUGGUCCAAUAACGAUAUUUCAUGGUGUAUGAUGACGAUGUAUUUCGCAGCCUUCAGAAGGGAGUGAUUCGCCCCUGAUUUAGGGUGCUGUUUUUCAAAUCAGGUAAUCUCAAAAAAGUCCACAACUUAAGUACUUUGUUUACUUAGUUCUGACAGUCCACACUUAGUCUUUAACGUGACCCUGAAGGCCUGACUGUCAAUGCGAAUGGCAAAGAAGGAUGCAAAUGCCUGGGGAGAAGACUGUCAGUGCUAUUUAUUAUUGAGUAGAGUUAUAUUGUUGCAGUUACCAAACAGACAGACCUCUAGGUGUUCUAUUUAUCUCUCUUGUAACACUGAUGAAGACAGAGGCCUAUUCAUGGAACUAUAAUAAGAUCUGGAAAAUGAGCCAAAUAUGUCAAAAAGGUUUUAUUUUUCCGCAUUACUUACUUACGCUCAGAAACGUGCAGUUCUGUCCAAUCAGAGCAACAGCUGCUAGAGCGGAGCCAGGCUAAAUCUUAGGUGUUUUGCCGAUUUAAAAAUUAUAUUAAGUUCAUAUUGUAAAACUAUAAAAGGAUCCCUACAAAUUUUGACCUUUGUGAAAGCUGUGGUUGAGCCAUUUCAUUUCUGUUCAGCGACUAGAUCAGGAACCGGAAUACACUAGACGGUUCGCAAAAACCAUGGAAGUGCCAGUUCGAGCACCAGCCAAUUAGCGAAGAGCCAUAUAUUCUAUGUUGGCAUUGAUUCCCGAGAUCGAGGAUUUAAACCUGGAACAAAGAGAAUGUGGCGAAUUUUAUCAAGGGGAAAGACGUUAUUGCCCUUCUUCCUAGGGAAUUUGGGAAAAUUAAAAAAUUGCAUUACAUACGUCAAACAACCAAAUCGCAGCGACUGGUUAAAUAAAAAAAAAAGAACCACCUACUCUUGAGCGAACGAAUUCUAACGCUGCGAGGUCUAUGUAGUUUCAAUGAUGUGAAACCAGCUGAUGAAUCAGACUAGCUGUGGUUGCCCUGUCAGCCAAACAUGCUGAGUUUGAUUUCACUAAAAAUGCACUGUGCUCUAUGGGAGAACUCUUUCGGGGCCAGAGCUGCAGUACCUCACAUCGGCCACUAGUCGAUCACGCACACAGACAGAAGUGGAGCGUCUUAUCCAGUUCUUAUUAUACAUCCAUGGGCCUAAAGUUGAGUUAUUAAAAUAGGGGUUUUCUUCUAGUUUCAAGUUAACAAUGUCACGUUAUGAGACAGUGUUCCUCCGAUCUGUGUUCACCGUGCCUGAGGAUCUUUGAUAUUAUGGGCAUUUAGAACAACUAAUAUUUCAACCAUAGACUGUAUAUAUAAAUCGAUAUAGCUAACCUGCUAGCUGGCACGUUAAAAAUAGGAAGUGAGCAUGGGCACACUUCCGGCUCCAUCGACUCUAGCGCCAGGUCUCUUUGUAUUGAAAAAACAUCACUCCUCUCUCCGUAAUCGCUGCUGUCAGGUUCCUCAUUUUGAUCUUAAAUGUUCGUAUUAACAUGAUACAGAUGUUUUUAUUUUACUAUUUUGUCAACUCCAGAUUCGCUCUUAUAGCUGUCAGCCUCAGUGAGCUUCAUUUGACUGGAGCUGAACGCUAUGGGCGACGUCACAGUCCCUUUAUCCGCUUCUUUAUACAGUCUAUGAUUUUAGCCCAUGCUUUCCCUCAGAUGAGAACAACAAGUCCACAUAAUGUUCUGUCUUCGCAUAGUGACUCUUCAUCUUUUUUUUUUAUUCUUCCAAGUCCACCACAAAUUACAGUCUGGAUAUUUUUGUCAAACCUUAUCCCAAAAUCGCAUCUACAAACACAUGUCUUAUGUAGCUCCCAAAACAUAUACUGUGUAAAUCGCUGACAAUAUUUUGAGUUUCUUGUUUUAUAUAAACAACGAUUAUGACAACUCAAACAAAACUCAGCUGGCAAAUACAGAAGGCGUACUACCUAAUGUAUUCUCACACUGCUCUUACAUAAACAUAUAUUUACUGUAACCAUACAACCUUACCCCAGUCUAAACAGCAGUACUAGUGCUGAGUAUUUGACUGGCAAUGUUCAAAUGGAACAAUUACAUAACUUAAAGAGUAUUUGCACAAUGAUAACACUCUCAUAGAAGUGUACAUAAUUUCAUAAGAGAUAUAUUUGUUGAAAGAGGGCAGAAAUACCACUAUACAAUAUUGCUAGGAUUAUAGUUUAUUAGCUGUUGUAGUUUUAAGUAUUAAAUUAAAGGGCCCAUGUUAUGCUGUUUUCUGAUCUAUGUUAUAAUGUUAUUUCCUCAUCAAAAACAGAUCUGGAGUUGUGUUUUGUUUCAUUCACAUAUGUUUAACACGCAAACCCUUCAUAUUUAGGCGCAGUUCUUCUCUCAAACAGGAAAAACUCUAUACAGGAAGUUCUCCACCGUGUUUUAAAUAGAGUAUUAUUUCCCCCGUCCCAAAGACUAAACGCAAGCUUUGCAGGGACCCUGUGUUUUCUCUUGCUGCCCCUUUACUCUGGAACCAUAGCCAGGCCGGCGCCACUUUGUGCCUCUGCUCAGUUUAAUUUCUCUCCAGCGACUAGGUCAGGAAUGGGAAUACACUAGACGGUUUGCAAGAAUCAUGGAAGUGCGAGUUUGGACACCAGCCAAUCAGCGAAGAGCCGUAUAUUCUGUGUUGGCAGCGACUCCCGAGAUCGAGGAUUUAAAGCCGGAACAAAGAGAAUGUUUGAAGAAUUUUAUCAAGGGGAAAGACGUUAUUGUCCUUCUGGGAAAAGCUUAAUAUACCAGUUAGCCCUGUUAGCGGUGCAUUACAUACAUCAGGACCAAAUAGCAGCGAUUGGUUAAAUAAAAAAGUACCUGCCUACUGUCAAGCGGACAAAGUCUAACUCUGCGAAGUCAGACGAUUUCCACGAAGUGAAUCUGGCUGAUGAAUCAGGCUAGUGGAACCAGUUGCCAUAAAAAAUUUGACAGGUGGAGUUUGCACCUGUCUCUCAUCAAACGCACCUUUUUUUCUCUGGCUUUUAAUAAGUGACCUGUACAUUUCUUAUUGAGAAUCUUAUUGUUUUCUAUAGUUUGUAGUAGUUAUAGUAGUAGUAGUAGUAGUCUAUGGCCAGCUGUAAAGUUUUUUAAGUGUUUUAUAAAUAAAGUAGGUAUUGUAUACUAUAAUUUGGAUAAUUUCAGCUCUGGAAUUGCUUAUCUUUUAGUUAACAGCUCCCUUUUGCCGUUUGUUCUGUAAUUUACUGCUUCAUGACAUCACAAGGUGGAACAGAGCAUUUUGAGCUUUGGAGAUAUAAACAAUAAUAACACAAGAUUACUCAAACAUGUGAAUGAAACAAAACACAACUCCAGGUCUGUUUUUGAUGACUUAACAACAUUAUCACGUGUCUAAAAGCUCGCAAGUCAAUUCCUGCGUAAUAUAGUACCUUGAAUAUUACGUAUCUCUUUGAAAAAUAAUGGAAACUAGCCCCUAUUGUGGGUUAGGCAUACGCACAAAAAGAGAACAUGCUUUGUGUUUUUGUAUCUCCGCACCUCUAUGCCAGAUCUGCAGGCAAACCUCGGUGUUGACAGUAAUAAAGGCUCCAAAUAACCAAAACAAACACACUGUAAGGCUGACCUAGAAAGACUCUCAGACCAGUGCCGCCGCUGUCCCCACGGAGAGCUUCGUAAGCCUGUCACUAUAACUCACUCUGAAGUGCUUAAGUAAACAGUGAUGGGAAGACUGGGCCAAGCAGAUGACUGUAGUCUGAAUACAACAAAUACUUUUACACUGAGCACCAUAUAAACGAUGAAUGAUAGUGUAAACAUGAUAAGAAAACUACUUUAUAUUUCUUAUGCAUUUCCUGUCACACGUUAUAAGAGCAUUUCUUUCCGUUUUUCUCAUUAAUAUUGUGCAGUUUGAAGCCUAAAUUGCGUGAUCAAGUACUGCAGUGUAUUCCGUUGAUUUUAGAAAAGUGGUUCUGAAUACCAUCAAAUGAAAAAAGUAACUGUACCGAAAUAUAGUUACUCAAAAUCUGUAUUCAAAACACGUAUUCCCGGUACAUGUAUCCAACACUGGAAGUAAAUAUAGAUGAUAAACAUUAUAUUUAAACCAAAUCAUAAAGCAGAAUAAUCCCAAAAAGUAUUCUAAAUGUGCAAUAUUGUUAAAAAUGAACUGCAAUAAAGAAAUAACCGAAUACAACAGUUAAGUAGUUGUAGUUUGUGUCUAUAAUGAGUCAUAGAAGUUCAUAAUCCGAACUUGGACAUCUUAAAGGUGCUCUGUUUACUAGUGGAGGGUCUGCCACCUGCUUUUCUCCAUAAAGAUGUUAUUGCUUUGCCUGGAAUGUUCCAUGGUAUGACUUUAAACAUUAUUUGUCGAUAGAGAUAGUUGCGCAUCCAGUAAAAGUUGCGACAGUGAGCUGGGUCCAAAGAAAAACAUGUGCGAAAGGAAAAAAAUGAGAAUGUCUGAAGAAGGGCUUGACCUCGAAACAUCACACUGUGGUGUCGUUAAAAUUAAAAGAAAAAAAAAAAAAAAAAAAACUGAGAGCUCCAAAGAACUGCAGUGCGGAUCUGAUUUUUCUUUUGCAUGACUUUAAACAUUUCCAUCAAGCAUAUAUUUAUUACAGGUGUUUCUAUUGCUCAAAAACAUUCCUUCUAUGAAUCGGGGCGACUCUCCACAGAUCUGAACUCUAAUCUAGCGUACUGCUUUAAUGUGAUUGUCUCCCUCGUGAUAGAUACAUUUAAUCUAUACUGUGGAACAUUCUAGACCAGGGGUGUCAAACUCAAAUUCACAGAGGGCCAAAAUCUGGGACUAAGUUGUGGGCCAAACUAAAUAUUUAUUGAAAAAUUUGAACAGUUUUUUGCUUCUUUCAAGAUAUGUCAUGUUAAACCUUUUCUUAUUAAAAUAAAUGUUUAAUAAUAGUUUUGCUUAAACAUUGAAUCCAGAGCAAGUAUAAUAUAAAAGAAUGACACAAUUUUAAAUAAAUAAUGUCUCUGUAGCCGGCGGACCAGCUCUAAUACAUAUUUGAUAUGAUCUCGCGGGCCAAAUAUAAUUAUUUCGUGGGCCAAAUCUGAGUCUGACGUGUCUGUUCUAGACAAAGCAAUUUCCACGAAGACAUCAGGUGGCAGACUCUCCACUAGAAAUGUUACACAGUGCACCUUUAAAUCUCAUCGUAGUAUCUAAAAAUAACCAAAAAAUUCCCAUUAACAAAAAGUACUGUGAUAAGUAUUGACCCCCAAAAGUAUUUAGUAAUAAUAUUUAGUUAAAGUAUUUUUCGUGACAGUUUGAUCUGAUUUCCACUAACCCGUUAACAACUCUUUUAAUUCGUCCUUCCAGCUCUGUCCAAAGUCGCACAGUUCUCCACUUCUCACUCCGAUUUAUGCUGUGUCAAAGAUUAACUCAUUAUUCUGAACUUGCUGGUGGUUUCCGAACACGUGACUUUCGCUAUAAAUGUAAAAAAAACUGGGAGUAACUACCGGCCAAAACACCCACUGGCAUUUACAUUUGCACUAGUGAACAGGGACGUAGACAGGGAGGGGGCAAAUGGGUUUGUUGUCCGGGGCCCCAGGGUUUUAGGGGGCCCAGAAUUGGAUCCUCUUUCUUUUAAUUUAUAUUAGAGUGGGCCCAUGUGAGACUCCCCCCAAAUUUCUGUCAACAGUCCUGCUAGUGGGGAAAUGUUUUGUUAUAUAUUUUGCAGUACUUUAAGAUUUUGAGGUGUGGAAAGUAUCUUCUUUGACUAAUUAUACUGUACAUAUAGACAAACUACAAAAUAGUUUCAUUUAGCUCAUGUUCUUUUUGCAUUUUGUACAUUUACAUCAACUUUAGGAUUAUUGUUUCAGUGGUGUAAAGGAGUUUUUAUGUUAUUUAUCAUGGUAUUUUAGUCUAUCAGUAUAUCAGAUUUCAGAAUUAGUUAUUGUGACAGGUCUACAUACUUUCUAUAAUUUUCAAAUCUUAAGUGAUACAAGAAGCAAUAUAAAAUUCUUACAGCAUCUAUUUACUCAUAUUUAAAGAGCAAAUUUAGUGUUAUUUUCUGAUCUUGGUUAUAAUGUCAUUUCCUCAUCGAAAACAUGCCUUGAGUUGUGUUUUGUUUCAUUCAAAUCAGAAUAAUUUGGAUAAUUUCAGCCCUUGAAGGAGCUGUUAACAUGAAAAAUACUUCUUUUUCAUGACAUCACAAGGUGGAUCAGAGUAUUUUGAGCUUUGGAGAUGUAGACAGACUAUAAAUAAAGUCACUCAAACACGUGUGAACGAAACGAAACACAACUCCAGGUCUGUUUUUGAGGAGGUAACAGUAUUAUAACACGACUUAAAGCUCACAAGAGUCAAUUUUGUGUAAUCUAGGACCUUUAAGCGUUACUCAGGUCUUUGGGUAAUUUUCCCGAGUGGCCUCUUUGUCUCCGAUCGGUCACUUCUUCGUGUCUCGUUUGUGUCCGGGGCUGUCGUCGGUAACUCUGCCUCUCCACUUAUUUGUGAGGUGUUUUUGCCGACUGUUACUGUAGCUGGAUUUAGUGAGGUGGUGAAAUGUGACACAAGGAACAGCCCCUCUCCCCUCUCUCUAUCUCUCUAUCUCUCUUCUCUCGCUCCUCCUCUCUCUGCCCCCCACCCUCUCGCUCUCUCCUUUCUCUCUCUGUCUCUCUCUGCCUUCUCUCUCUGUUUCUUUGUCUCUCUCUCCUCCCCUCUCUCCUUUCUUCACUCUCCCCUCUCUUUCCUCUCUUGUUCUCUCUCUGUCCUCCCCUCUCUCUCUGUCCCAUUUCUCUUUCCUUCCUACCCUUUCCCCACCUCUCCCUUCUUUUGCCUCCCCCCUUUCUCUCCCUCUCUCUGUCACCACUCUCUCUCCUUCUCUUCUCUCUCUCUCCCCCUCUCUACCCCCCUUCUCUCUCUCUGUCUCCCGCCCUUGCUCCUUUUUCUUCCCUCUUUCCUCUCUCUGUCUCCCUGCCCCCCCUUCUCCUUUCUCUACCUCUCCCUCCCUUUCUCCACCUCUCCCUUCUUUCGUCCCCUCCUCUCUCUUUCUCUGUCUCCCCUCUCUCUCCUUUCUCUCUCUCUCCUCUCCCCGUCUUCUCUAUCUCCCCAUCCUCUCCUCUUCCCUCUCUCUCCCUUUCUCUCCCCCCCUCCCUUCUUUCUCCUCUCUCUCCUCUCUCCUUUUCUCUCUCUGUCCUCUCUCCCCUCUUCACUAUCUCCCCGCCCUCUCUUCUGUCCCUCCUCUUCUCUCUCGCCGCCCUCUCCUUUCCCCCUCUCUCUCCGUCCGCAGAUGGGAGGUGGGUGGGGGCAUCACUUUACCUCGGGUUGUCAGCGACUCUGUUGUUUAAAGCUUUUAUGUUCGUGGACAAAGGCAGACGGGGGCAGACUGGGAGAUCAGUUUGGCUCCAAUACUCAUCUGGAACAGGGGAGUCCAAACUACGGCCUUCAAGCCUCCUGCUCAACUGGCCAAAAUAUUCAUAUGUAGCACUUUUUUACUGCAAAUGAGUAUUUCUAUCACUAUAUUAUCUUAUUGAAGUGUGAUACAGACCUGCAUUAGGGCUGUAAUUACUGUUCCAAGACUUUUUAAAGAUGUUGUUGCUUUGGAUAAUGCAUCUAUUUUAAAGACGCGCUGUAUAGAAGACCAGUCUACAGCCCUCCGCUAUAAAUAUUUUUCUAUAUGCAGGCCUCUGUGAAACAAGUUUGGACAGUUCUGAUGAUCUAGAACAGACACGUCAAACUCAGACCCGGGGGCCAGUUUUGGCCCACGAUACAAUUAUAUUUGGCCCGCGAGAUCAUAUCAAAUAGCUACAGAUAGGCUAUAGAAACAUUAUUUACUUAAAAUUUUGUUAUGCUUGUUCUGGAUUCAAUGACAUUUAUUUGAAUAAGAAAAGUUAAAAAGUACAUAACUAAAAAGAAGAGAAAACAUGCAGAUAUUGUUGAAAUUUUUCAAUAAAUAUUUAGUUUGGCGCACGACCCUUAGUCCCAGUUAAGCCAAUGAUGUUCAUUAUGUCUUCUUAUAUACUUUAACUUCUUAGGUUCUUUUUAAAGACAAUGCAGUAAAGUGUAUUUACCUUGUUGACAUGUUUCGGCUGCUUCCUGUAGGCGUGGUCAGUCUGAGCGACCUGCCAGGUCCAUCAGGCUGACCACGCCUACAGGAAGUAACAACAGCUGAUAUACGACACGUCACCACCAACACCGGUGACAGUUCUGAAGAUGGCUUGCAGCUAGCAGCCGAAACAUGUCAACAAGGUAAAUACACUUUACUGCAUUGCCUUAGUCCCAGUUUUUAAGUCUGACCCUCUGUAAAUUUGAGUUUGACACCCCUGAUCCAGAUGCUCCAGCAGACUUUAGGAUUGAUUCAAUAUGUUUUUUCUGACAUCCAAUUGACAACCGAAAUUAUGAUUUUAAAUACAUAACAAACCCCACAAGUUUCGUUAAACAUCCUAUAUUACGCUAAAUUGAUUUUUGUGAGCUUCAAGUCAUUCACACAUGUUUGAACAACCUAACCCUUUAUUAUUCUGUCUGUUUAUUAGUCUGUCCACAUCUCCAAAGCUCAACAGCUCUGUUCCACAUUGUCAUGUCAUAAAGUUUAGCAAUUCCAGGUCUGAAAUUGUCCAAACAAUUCUAGUGAAGGUGCAUGGAGUUGAAAAACACAGUGGAGCACUUCCUGUAUUACCACAUGACAUCACAAGGUGGGGCAGAGUGUUUUCCAAUUGAGAGAAGAACUCAGCCUAAAUACACAGAGUUUGUGUAUUAAACAUUUGUGAAUGAAACAAAACACAACUCCAGGUUUGUGAUGAGGAAACAACAAUAUAACACAGAUCAGAAUAGACAGAACAGUGUUAUAUUGUCCCUUUAUCACUAGUUCUCAAAUGAUUUGUUGAAUCUAGUGUGAGUAUUCAGUCAUAUUUACAGCCUUAUUGCUCUUCUACUUCCGUUUUUUUCAUUGCUGUGUUCAAAAAGACAAAUCAGAUGCAGUGAGAACAAUCUGGGAAUAAGACACUGGCACACAGAGAUCGCGGCAGCCUUGAAAAUAAUAUUGGUACUGAAUAUUGGCAAAAAUUUACAUCCAGGAAAAUGAUAUUAACAACUGGACUUAAGCCUGAUUUCAAUAAGCUAAGCAGGUCCUGUUGUUUUCGUUUAACUUGCUUAUAAAAUCAGCUAAAAUUGUGAUAUCGUACCAGUUCCAAAGUCUAGGAAAACCUUCUGACACCCACAUAGUUUCAUCCUCUACAAUUCCGAACAGGGAUGGGGUACAUUUCAAUAUGUAAUUUCUGCACUUUUAUUUUCAAUCUUGUUUGUGUGACAGUAAAUUAUUAAACUAUUCACUGGAAAAAACAAAAAACAAAAAACAGUAUCUAGGUAAGUUAAAAUGACUUAAAUUAAGAACAUUUUACUUUAUUUGAGUCGAUUCAACUUGACAAGUAAGAUUAUCUACCAAUGGAAUAAGUAUUUUUUUCUUAAUUCAAGCAACAUUCGAUUUUGUUUCUUAUUUUAGGUGCAAAAAGUUGUUGUUUUUCUUAUUUUAAGUGUAGCAAGAUCUAUUUUCAUAGUUUAAGUACAAAAAGUCAAGUGAAAUUGACUCAAAUCACGAUAAAACUUUCUUAAUUCAAGUCAUCUUAACUUGACUAGAUUUUGUUUUUUGCAGUGUUGAUACUUUGCACUGAUUUCACGCUGGGGGGAGCUCUACAUGUAUGUCUAUAUGGUGGAUUUUCCAUCGGUUACAAUGGAGACACAAUGCACACAUGUCAAAUACAGUCAAACAAGUUUUUAGAUGGUCUGAAAACUCAAUAAAAUGGAUUCAAACUACACAUUUUCAGGAGCUUGUGAUCGAUUCGAGCGUCGGUGGUUCUGUUUAGGUGUUUGAAUUUCAAUAAAAAGGUGAGAUUGACUGUUGUGACUGUACUUUUAUGUGUGAAAGAUUUGUUUGACAGCACAAAAUCAGCUCACAAAACGUCUAAUUUGAGUAACAGAGCUUCAGACAGAGCUGUGCCUCCAGUUCGCAUCACAUCACACCCCCAGGGAACUUUAAUGCCAUCCGCUGCAAAGUAUCAAUAGCUGUUUAUUUAUUGCACCCGUUACAGAGACUGUCCCUCAAACACGGCUUAAGAGAAGUAUGUAAAAUAAAGCCAUGGUCCUUUUGUAAGAGGAAACCGGACCUACUGUGUGUGCACUUAUAGGCUCCUUACUCAGAGACAGUCCAUUUCUGUUACACAUGCACGUUUUCUCUUUUCUGUACAUUCAAGUAAACUGUAUGCUGAUUUCCUCUGACUUAAAAAGGAGCACUGUGUAACUUUUAAAGGUGGAGGGUCCAAUACUUGCUUAUCUCUAUGGAUAUAUAUGGGUAUUUUUGUCUCAGAGUAAGACAUUAAACAUAUUUCCCUUCCAUUUGUUCAAUUACAGGUGUUUCAUAGCUCAAAAGUACCUUUAAAACACAAAUUUUUACCAUGUACAGGCUUGAUUCUCCAUAGAUCUGACCAUUAACCUGUCUCCAUUGUGGUCAUAGAGAAGAAAAGUUACACAGUGCGCCUUUAAAUCGUUGUGUUGUUUGGUUUUGAGAGAAAUUUCACUGAAUUAUGAAUGAUUUCUUUUAGAGGCAUUACCUAACAUUGAAGUGUAUUGAUCUUUAUAGUAUUAUACUGAGACCUGCAGUAGCCCUUUGUUAUUGUCAACAGUGAUAGAUUCACUGUUAAAGAUGCACUGUGUAACUUUCCAGGGAGAGGAUCCACCACCUGCCUGUCUGGAAUGUUCUCUUGCAGUUUAAAUGCCGUCGAUUUGAGCUCCCGAGGCAGAAGUAGAGUAACAAGUCUCAUUUUAAAAGUAUGUAAACAACUAGCCAGGCCGGCGCCACCUAGUGCCUCCCCUCAAUUUCAUUUCUCUACAGCAACUAUGUCAGGAAUUGCGAUACACUAGACGGUUCGCAAAAACUCUGGAAAUGCGAGUUUGGGCAUCGACCAAUCCACGAAGAGCCUGUGUUGGCAACGAUUCCCGAGACUGAGGAUUUAAAGCCGGAACAAAGAGAAUAUUUGGUGAAUUUUAUCAAGGAGAAGGACGUUAUUGCCUACGGGAUUUGGGAAAAGCUUAAUAUACUAGUUAUCCCCGUUACCAGCGCUUUACAUACGUCACGACCAAAUAGCAGCCAUGGGUUAAAUAAAAAAAAGGUACCCGCCUACUGUCAAGAGAACGAAUCCUAGUGUUGCGAGGUCAGACUGUUUCUACGAAGUGAAAUGACCUGUGCGUGUUAGAUUUGCCGCAGAACACCUACAUUAGAUGAUUGAAUAGUUUGGAUUUAAUAUUUGAUUUUAUUGUUAUCAUUUUCAUUACAUCGUAUUUUAUUGUGUUUCCAUGUGUAGAAAACGAUGUAACUUUGUUUAGGAAAGCGCUGUAUCAAUAAAAUAUCACUGUAUUAUAAUAGGAAAUUCACACUGUCGCCUAUGAUAUUUAUUUAAUAUAAAGAUUUCAGUGUUUCCAGUCAUUUCUUUCUCUUAUACAGUGGGAGCUUUAUUAGAUAGAAGAUACAGGCCUGUGGAAAUGAGCUCCUCUACUCAAAUUCAUAUAGUGGGAGCAUUAUUCGAUGGCUGAAUUGGCCUGUCGAUAUGGGCUUCAUUUAGUUGGAGCCCUAUUUGAGCAGACUGAAAAGUAGGGCUGGGUAUCAUUAAGAAGUUACUGAUACGAUACAUACCUCGACAGUGCACUUUUGAUUCGAUACAAUAUAUUUCAAAUCGAUUCAAUACAUUUCAAUAAAAAAUAAUGGCUAAAUCAUGGCUGUGAUACUAAAACUGUUUCUUAAACCGCUUCUUGUGCAAAGUUCAUAUGAAACACAAACAUUUUAAUCCUCAAAACAGUGAAAAUGUCAAAUGUGCCGCAUGAACGAGUUUCUUUUCACUGAACAAGCAACAAAACUGUAGCACUGUAACAAAAUAAUUGAGUAAAAUAAACCUAAAAAUACUCUUGGCGAUAUAUAUCAAUACAGCAGCCCAUGAUAUCGAUAUUGUCUUAUCACUUUAAAUGAUACGAUAUAUUCAUAUUUCGAUAUUUUUGUACACCCCUACUGAGGAGGUUGGCUUUAUUGGAUUUAUACAACUGUAAACAGAAAAAACAUAAAGGAGCUCAUUUCGACGGGGCAGCCCACUUUGACAGAACAACGGUAUUAAACGUAUCCAUUCAUUCAAUUAAAGUUGUUUUUAUUGCUCAAAAAUCCCUUGAAAUACCUGUAUUUUUAGUGUGUGUGCAGUCGCCUCUCCAUAGAUCUGGCCUGUAACUUCGCUUGGUGGCGUCACAUGUUUUUUUUGGGUUUUUUUUCAUGGAAAUAGCCAAGUCUAAUCCCAUAUUGUGGCACAUUCCAGGCAAAGCAAUAACAUCGCCAUGGAGAUAAGCAGUGAGCGGACUCUCCACGAGAAAAGUUACACAGUGCACCUUUAAAAUUCAAAUCGUCAGCGAAUCGUUUUGGAGUAUUUUGUACUUUAUGACACUUUACUUUUGUCACUUUUGGUUUUUACUUUGUGAUUAUUUCUUAGGUAGAAAUAAGUAGUUUAAUUGCUGUAGUGAAACUGCUAUGAAUGUGAAUAUCUAUGGAGAAAUAAAUGCAACUGCAAUGCAACCUUAAAAUGUGUCUGGAUGUUUGGUUUGUUUUUUUUAUAUAUUUGUAGAGUUAAUUUGUGGAAACUGAAGUGUCAUUUGAAAAAAAAAAAAAAAAAUCCCGUAGACUCGCAAUUUACUCUUUGUACAGCUGUGUUUUCAAACGCCACAUUCAUUUUAAAGUAAUCAAAAUAUUAUUGCAUCACACCUUAAGCAAAUCAAAACAGAAAAUACCUGUUCUUGAAAAUCCUCUCGGGGCCUUGCUGUUGGUUACAUAAAAUCCACUGUAGAAACCGGCAUUACUUCUUGUAGUCUGACUUAUUUGUGUGUAAAAACCAAAUUACACCCAAAUUAAAUUAAACUGUGAAAACCAAAUGAACCUAAGUGAACAAUUGUUUAAAAAGCCCCAUAUUGCACUAUUUUCUGAUUUGUUAUAAUGUUGUUUUCUUAUUAAAAACAGACCAAGAGUUGUGUUUUUUUUUCAUUCACGCAUGAUUAACACAUAAAUCCUGCAUAUUUAGGCUGAGUUCUUCUCUCAAACAAACCUUGUGGUAGUACAGGAAGUGCUCCACAGCUCUAGAAUCGAAACAAACUCUACUGAACAAAAGGUAAAUGGUAACCCGGGUGAUUAUCGGGGUUCUCUGCGCCUCUCUGCCUUAUUACUCGCGGCAUGAAAUAUUGCGGUACUUAGCAGCGUUGGGUCUCCGUGGGAAUUACUUCCUUUUAAUAUGGCAUGCUGCCAUUUAGUAUGUAAUAUUAAUUUCAUGGAGUAUAGAUGAUGGACAUAUGAUUGAUUAUUGGUCCUGUCCCAUACAGGCCAGGUUCCAUUCUCCAUUCUCCAUUCUCAUUCUCCUUUAUUCAUCCAUCCAUUUGUUGAACAUCUAUGGCAGGGGUGUCCAAACUUUUUUCAUCAAGGGCCACAUAUCUAAACAAAGAUGAAGCAGAGAGCCGAUCAAGGGCCGUAGACUGUUGCACAGUACAGGGAAUAAUUGAAAUGUGUGCAUGUUUAACACGUUAGAAUGAGCCAUCAGUCUUUAAUCAUGCUAAGAUCCUUAAAAUCACACACUAAAUAUUCAAUAUUAGCUUUAUCAAAGUAGAUUUUCAAAAAACUUGCAGUAAAACAUUUUUUUUAUUGAUGCAAGUUAAUUUGGGCCAAUUCACCUGGAAGCCUGAGGGCCAAGAAAAAUUUGUCUGAGGGCCGCAUUUGGCCCCCGGGCCAUAGUUUGGACAUGCCUGAUCUGUGGCUGCGCUCUCAACUCAUCGGUCCGUCCACCCUAUGGUCCUGCAGAACCCGAUGACGAGCUGCCCAAGGCCCUGAGCCUAAAAGACGUCUAAACAUAAAUACCAUCUACAGUGCGGUAGGGGGCGCUGUAGCCUGCUCCCUACACAACACUUUAUACAUAAAUAACCGACAAACUCCCUUCACUACUCCUCCAGACUAUAAACUUACCCACUCCCACCCUUCACCAUAUUGAACUGAACUGUGAAUCUGUAAACGACAACGCACCAUUGAUCACUUAAUCUAUUUUUGUGAAUAUUGUAAGUAUCCCCUGUUUAUAUAACCAUUUAAUACAACUUACAUCCUGCACCAUAGUACUGUCUCCUGCUCUGUGUGUUUUAAACUGUCUCACCUCCCUCCGAGAGCCGAACCAGAUCUUCUGUAACUAGCCUAUACCCAGCUUCCUAUGUAGUAUACUCCACCAAUCAUACAUGCUACAAAAAGGAGCUGCUAACUUGAAAACUACAGCAGUUUAAAAGGAUUUCUCAAACAUGAAUGAACCAAAACACAGCUCAAAGUAUGUUUUUGCAGAGGUAGCAACAUUAUAACAUGGUUUAAAGUACACAAGAGUCAAUUUUGUGUAAUAUAAAACAGUCUCCGGAUAGUCGAUGCUCUUUUCUAGGUCCAAUACUCCGUUCCUGUUUGGGUCCGAGCCAGUUCUCUCCUAAAGCAUCUCAUUCAUUUGCAGCCAAAGGACCCACAAUCAAAGAGCUCCAGUCUUCUAACCCUGGUCAGGCACACUUCCUGCUAACAUAAUGAAAAGUGCCUCUCUGAUUGAUUGGAUUUAAUUGUAAAACAACCUUUUUAAUACCUCAAUGUUCUUUAGAUCAGAAGGAGUUUAAAUUUCCUCCUUUGGCAAUUUGGUGUUUCUGUCAACUUUAAAUUAAAAGUACAAGCAUUCAUUCCAAUCUCCUCUCACUUUCUGUCAUUAUUACAUAAAGAAUGCAUGGGACAUAAAUACACACAUAAAGGCAUAAGAAAAGGAUUUUUUUUUUUUAUUAGGUAACACUAAAAGCUCAUAAUAAGUUAAGUUCAUGCUGAUUAUGCUGACUAUUACACAAGCUAUACAGUUCCUUUGUGUUUUUAAACUCCAUACACCUUCACUAGAAUCAUUUUGAUCAAUUUCAGACCUGAAAUUGCCAAUCUCUACUGAGCAAAAUGUAAAAAGUAGCAAAAAUACUGUUGUUAUCGUUAGGAUAAAUAACUAGGCUCAGCUACUUUGUAUAACCACUGUUAUAGUUCAUUAGCCAGGCUGGCGCCACCUAUUUCAUUUCUCUCCAGCGACUAGGUCAGGAAUCAGAAUACACUAGACGGUUUGCAAGAAAACCAGGAGCUGUAGAACCGUGCACCAGCCAAUCAGCAAAGAGCCGUGAAGCCAUGACUGGGUCCCUUUUGUGGUACAGCACAAGGGUAAACAAAACAGUCGACAUGGAUGUAGACGAAGCCAUACAUUGUGCUGGCAACGAUUCCAGAGAUCGAGGAUUUAAAGCCGAAACAAAGAGAAUGUUUGGUGAAUUUUAUCAAGGUGAAAGACGUUAUUGCCCUUCUUCCUACAGGAUUGGGGAAAAGCUUAACAUACCACAUAACCCCUUUAGCACGGGGCGGCUCCGCAGGCUUGGGGUUAUCUCUCUUUAGAGAGAUUUAGAUUAGUCCUGCUUUAGUCCUGGUGUAGUCCUGGUUUAAACCUGGUGUAGUCCUGGUUCCACUGCAGAUGCAGUUUGCUGCUUUGGCUGGUUCGCUCUCUCUCAGGUUUGAAUCCGGUGACGUUGUCGUACGUCUGCUAAAGGCCCUGGUGACACCAACUCAAAAUCUGAUUGGUUGAAGCAACAGUUUCAGGGACAUUUAUUUUGUGUUCGAGGGCCUGCAGAACGGAGUGUGAAGGCCUCAGGCAUAUUUCUUUGACUUUGACUCUGCCUGGCAACAAAUAAUGGCUAAAAUGUGAUUGGUCAAAUGUGAAAUUUGAAUAUUAAUAUGAAAAUACAUGUCUGGAAGCAGCACAAGCAUUGGAAAAGCUCUAAAAGGAAGAGGACAGACCAUUUAGAAUUAUUUAAUAAUAAUAUAAUUAACAUCAGUGUGUCAUUCAGAUAUUUUUUUAGGUCAACAGAGAAAGCCUUGCAGGCCCUGUGCACCGCUGUACUGAGGUAAUGUGAAGAUAAGAGUUAUAAUCACAGCUGUGAGACUCAGAUAUAUGUCAAGAGAAAUGCAUGAUAUUCCAGUUUAUCUAUAGCAAAUUAACUAAAUAUGCCAAAAACCUAUCAAUAGGGAUGUGCUGACUCACGAUUCAAGAUGGCAAGAUGCUUCAGUAAUGGGAGUAAGAUACAACACCCCCGAAGGACACUCGUCACACUCUGAUAAGAUUGUGUAAAGUGCCAAGACGCCUGGCACCAAUGAAGAGGCACUAAGUCUAAAACAUUGUAGCCUCCUGCUAUAGUUUGCAUAUUAAACUAAUUGUCAAGGCUUAAACAUUCAGUCUCUGUAUGGGAAUGUCAGCAAAGAAACCUUGUACUGUACUGUAUUACUUUCCAAUAUUUGAAUAAAUAAAUUAUCUGGACUUUA